AUGCAUGACUUUGAGCCACCUGAGUUAAUGAAAGCGACUAUAGCAACAGAAAGAAUACGGAUGAAGCAUGAGCAGAAUUCUAGACUGUGUGGGUACACAGUUUAUGUUGCUUGCUACCAAGUAGUCCAAACAACACCUCGCACACUUUUCACACCAGAGGUGAAGGAGGAACAAUCACAAAACAACCUGAGCGAGUCUUUGAUGGAAUGCAGUGAAGUACUUCACAGUGUGAAACCUAAAAAAUUAUGCAAAGCAUAUGAAGAAUUUUGUACCAGUGAGAUUUUGUCCUCAAAUGACACUUUGCAAAACACAACAGUAUUAACUGGUAUAGAAAAGUAUUCAGACAUAUCUCUUGCUUGUAGCACAUCUGAAAACGAGCCAUAUCUGGUGAGGGAAGUGCUUGAUUUGUUGGUAUCUCCAGUAACUGUUUCUAGGCAGAAGACUUGCUUGAAGUCAGACCUAUUAUCGGAAACACCAUUGCCCAAUGGUGACCAUAAACAUUUCCAUGAAUUGGGGAAGUUAUCCAAGUUUAGACCGAAAGCUAAAAGACUUUUUCGCAAAGGAAACAAAAUGUACCCUGACAGGGAGAGUGACACUACAGCUAAUGAAGAUCAGAAUAAAAGUGAAACUGAUGAUGGUCCCAAAGCAAAUAUGUCUAAAGAGCUAUCAAAAAGCCCAAAUUUGAGUGGCACUUUUAUUUUUGAAAGCCCUGUUUCACCUGUUAUUAAAGCAAAAGCAGACAAGAAGCAACAGAAAGAUGGUGUCACGUUUUUUUCUCCAGUGUUACACAAAACUCAGGAGUUUUUACAUGACUUUUCAUUUAGUACUCUUGAAGAAGUGUGCCAGGCAUCUGAAGUCUUAGCUUCAGGUUGUUGCUCUCCAGUUGAAAACUGUGAAAUUUCUGAUAACUUUGUAUCACAAAAAAAAGAGCCAUAUAGAUCCCAGAGUGUAUCACCAAUUGAAUUUGAAAACAUUACAUCUAAUAGCAGUAGAAUGGUUGUGAAUAAAACAUCAACUCCUAUCCACUCUGAAAGAAAUAAAAAAGUUUGUGCUAACAAAAAGAAAAUUAAGUUUCUUAAUGUUCACAAGGGACAGAAGUAUGAUCCUUCUGUCUCAGGAUUUCAAGAAAAAUUAGACUUUCUUUGUAAACCUCAGGUACCUUCUCAGACAUCCAAUAGAGCUGAACAGUUUUCAAAAUAUGAAAAAGACCUUCCACAGUGCAAUAGUACUUUAAUAAAUAACUGUGUUGAACGUGACAAUGUCAUACCAGAUAAAACAGAGUCACUGAGGCAUCGUGUAGUUUCAGUUAAGUCCAGUCUGAAGCGAAAUAAGAAGUUUGCUUAUAUUUCAGAACUGGGAACAUGUAACACAGUAAACAUUACAAAAUUUUCUUCUGUUGAUACUGUUCUCAGUAAUAUGCUACAGACAGCUGAAGCUUUAGAAGCAAUUAACUGCUUUCAGAAUGAAAAUAUCAGCACUUCCUUAAAGAAAGAUUUGGAGCAAAUCUCUAGGAAAGAGACCGAUUUUCUACCAUUUAGUGAGUGGAAUUUGACUCCUGCAGGCCAACAGUCGGCUGUCAGGAAUUUUGCGAACACUUAUAACUCACUGAAAAAAUGUAACACUUCAGAAGAAGAAUCAAAAGGUAAUUCAGAUAAUGCUUUUCUUAAAACUUUGGGAAAUAAUACUAUUGCUAAUGGAAGAAAAAGGAAAAGCGGUAGUCAUGGAACUCUGGGAGACCAGAGUAUUGCAAAGAGAACAUGUAUUGAGGAAGUUAAAAGUAUGCAAGUAGCAAAUGUGUUCAAGAAGCCUGUUUCUAAUAACCUGCAACCAUUCGUCUCGGACACACAGCUGAAUGUAGUCUUUGAUAAUGUUGAAGCAAUAGUUGCUGAAUUCAACAAUAAGUGUGAUAUACUUGGAACAGCUGACAGACCUUGUAAUACACAGAACUUGAACAGUUUGCAUACAGGAAACAAAUGCCCGUCCAGUUUGCUGGAAAAUAUAAAUGCCCUUCCUGGUGAAAAUUGUGUUGAUGAAGAAAAUAUUAGAACAGAGGAAAAUGAUUUAAAUGAUGGCAAAAAUAGAAUAGAAUUAUGUAAUAUGGAUAAAAAUGAAAUAAAUUUGCUACAGAAUCCUAUAGAAUUAAAGACUCAAAGUCAUUGCAGUCUGAAACGUAACCGACCUGAUUCUGAUACAGGCAUUGAAAGCUCAAGGAAUCUGGCUAAGAAAUCAAAAAAAGAGCUCGAUGCUUCUGAAAAUAUUUCUUUGGACAGAGGAUAUACUAAAACUAAUCGUAUUAUAAAACACCCUGAAGUAAAACAGAAAAUUCCUAAAAUCUGUCAAUUCAAUUAUCAUGAAAUUGAAGAAAUUGGUUCAGAGGGGCCUGCUGCUGAAGAAUAUAAUGAAACAAGUUUCCUCAAGUCACAUCAACAUAUCUUUGAUAGCAGUUUUACAGCUGCAACUCAAAAGACAACAGAGGUUGUCGGUAAGAAGGAACAAACGAAUGGAGAAGCUUUGCUCAGGUGCGAGCAGAAAAAUUCUGUUGAAUGUAAGAUCACUGAUGAAACAGAAAAGGAGAGUAGUCUGAUAGGUUCUGCCCAGUAUCUCUUAAAAAAUAUGACUGAAGAUAGUGUUGAACAUGCAUGUUACACAGAAUAUAAUAAAAGGGAACCAAUUCACUUCAGUAUUAAAUCAGAAAGUAACAGUAUUAGUGAAAAUGAGUCUAGCCACCAAGAAUCUCAUAUGGGGAACGUGACCCAAGUAUUCCAGAAGAAAUAUGAUAUGGUGAUCUCCCCUACAAUUUGCAAUGCAGGAUCUCACAGCUCAAAAACUCAUGUGGACAGCAAUUCUUUGAAUGAUAAUUCGAAGGAAAUGUGUAAAAUAUCAGCAUUUAACUAUGGGAAGCAUUAUGAGAAAAUUCCUAGUAGUGGUGAAUUUUUACAGACUCAAGCUACUGUUACAUUAUCUUCAGUGGACAAUGAUGAAAAAGGGUUGUGUGCUCAGAAUGAUACUUUAAAUAUUAAGGUUUUAGACACAUCUGAUUAUGGAGUGUCUUUUACAACUGCCAAAGGAAAGAAAAUUGAAAUGUCAAAAGAGAGUCUGGAUGUAGCUUGCAAUUUGUUUAGAGAUAUUAUUGAACCGAAUAUUGAACAAACUGAUGGGCAGGUGAUGUGUACAACACCGCAAAAGAGUUUGAUAGAGACAAUUACCAUAAGAGAAGGAAAUAAAACAAAACAUAAAGUGUCAGUGAAUAAUGACACAAAAAAUUGCAAAGGAAAUGGGGUAAAAAGGGACAAUUCAGAAUUGGAAGCUUCCAGAAUUACAUCAGUAAAUCUUGUAAAUAGCAGUGAUACAGUUUCAGUACCGUUACAGGUUGGGUUUUCCACUGCAAGUGGAAAAAAGUUCACAAUCCCUGAAAAAUCCUUGCAGAAAGCUAGGCAUAUGUUUCAGAAUAUGAUGGAGCUAGAAGCCACAGGAGAUGAUACUCUACUUAAAGACUAUGAUGUGUUCAGUGUAGCAAAUACAAAUACAGUUUCCUCAUCCAACAGAAAUCGGACUAACUUUCAAAGAUGUAGUGUAGUGCCUGAAAAGGCUAUGCACAUAACAAGACAGUUUCAAAGUAAAGUGGAGAAUGCUGCAGAUUCUUCUUCCAGUGGUGAAACAUUGCAGUACUUAAAAAAGCGAGAGUUUGUUAGAGUAAAUAAUACCGUAUCAUCAGAAUUCCCCAGGGAUGUUUGUGAUAUAGCAGAUUCACACCUCAGCAUGUUGCAAAUGCAGCUGGAUGGAACAAAGAAACAUUCUGUAAAAUUUAAAAUAAAUAGUUCUACAAGUAAUGUGACUGAUGAUAAACAAGAAGAUGGAAAUAUUUUGGCACAGGUAAUUGAGUCAAGAUCAACAGAGAGUGCUUAUGAAGAGGAUAAUGAGCACAAGUACAUAAUGUCCACUGAUGUUAAGAGCCCUCUACAAAAGAGGUCUUCACAUAAAACUAUGAAGGCUCUGUUGGGUACUCAAGGCAACAAUAAUUUGCUAAAUAGUGAAUGUGAUACCAUUUGUAAUGUAGCUGGAAGUAUGUUAGAGAAUACUAAAACUAAAUUUGAAUCUACCUACGUGACUUGUGCUGAAAGUGGUGCCACUUUGUCACGGAAGUCCUUAAAGGUGGAAGCUAGUACUAAGUAUCCAGAUAAUUGCCACGGAAUACAGACAGAAGAUGUAAGUGCUGAAUUUUAUAAAGGUCUAGGUAGUGAGAGUAAUUUAAAUAGAGGAUUUAUGACAGCUGCUGGAAAAAAUAUUAUUGUAUCAGCUACUUCUCUGGACAGAGCAAAGAGUAUGCUGUCAGACAUUUCUGUGAUGAAUGAGGAUGAUUGCAAGAACCUCAUUGUGCAAGCGAGGAGAAGAGAUUUGAAAGAUUCUCCCAUAUAUGAGGAAAAGAACAAAUGCACUGUGUUAAACAAGCAACAUAUUAAGAAAGCUCUGGCAGAGCAUAAGGAAGAAGGGAAGAGAGGAAGAAAAGUGUCACUAAUGGUUCGUAAUUUGUCUGAGUCUUUGAAUAAAUUGACUGUACCGGAAACUGUGGGACAGACUGAUCUCGGAGUAGAGAAAUGCUCAGAAGAUAUUUCUGCAGUGCAAGUGCAGGCAGUCAAGAGUUAUUUCAGUUGUGGGUUUCAGACUGCUGCCAGUAAACCGUUUGAAAUAUCUCUUGCAUCCCUUAACGAAGCAGAGGAAAUGUUUGAUGACGUAAUGGAUACUGUUGCUGAGGGACAUAAUCACACUGCUGUGGCACAGAGAAAAAAGGAGAAUGAACUGUUCAAGAAAUCUCAGCGAAAUGCAGAAACUAUUUUACCAUUGGUUGAGAGGAAUAUUAGUGUGCAUGAUGAAUCUGUGAAAACAUUGGACACUAUGUAUGUGACAGAAAGAAAACUGGGAACAAAUGCGUCACCUGAAAAAACUGAUACAUUCAAUUUUGCUGCUGCUAGUGGCAGAGAUGUUGAAAUUUCACAACUUUCAUCACAAAAAGUAAAGAACACAUUGAAGGCACCAAGUAAUUUUGUUCCUAAGGAAGCAAAUAGAAUCACAACAGAUGAUAGGUGUUCUUCAAAGAAAAUUUGUGUAACGUUGUCAGAUAAAGUGGAAAAGGCAUUGUUAAAUGAGACAAUAUUAAUCAAGCAAACAUCCAACAUAGAAUCUGAAAAGGAAAUUAAAACUUUUGACAAUAAAGAAAAUUUUGUCCAGUGCAAAAGACUGAAAAUGUGUAGUGGUUUUUUUACAGCUGGUGGUAAAAAGGUGGAUGUUUCUGAUGAAAGUCUAAUGAAAGUCCGAAAUCUGUUUUCUGAUAUAACAGAAAAUGUCGAAGAAACUACUUUUACUGUAGGGAAUAUGGAGGAAAAAGAAACAGUUGGUGAGUCCGCUUUUAAGGGACAAGAUGUAAUCUUCCAUGGAAAAGUGCAAAACUUAUCACAAGACAAUGAUAUGGAAAUAGAGAAAAUAUAUGAGACUAAAUCUAAAAAUGAAGUUCAAAUUCUUGACAAAAAAGAAAGCUCUGUGGAUUGCAAAAGUCUGUAUAUAUGUGGUGGUUUUCUAACAGCUGGUGGUAAAAAGGUGGAUGUUACAGAAGAAAGUCUCAAAAGAGUCAGAACUCUUUUUUCUGAUGAAACAGAAGAUGUUGAAGAAACUACAUUGACUGUGGAGAAUUUGAAGGCAAAAGAAGCAAUUGAGAUGUACACUUAUAAAGGAAGGGAUCGUGUAUCCUCUGGGAAAGUGACAAAAUCAUCACAAGAGAGGGCAAUGAAAAUCACGAAAAUAUCUGACACAGAAUCUGAAAAUGAAGUUCAAAUUCUUGACAAGGAAAAAAAUCCUGUAAAUUUCAAAAAACUUAGUAUGUGUGGUGGUUUGUGUACUGCCAGUGGAAAAAAAAUUAAUGUUUCAGAAGAAAGUUUGGCAAGAGUCACGAAUGUUUUUUCUGAUAUAACAGAAAAUGAAAAUAAUACUUUUACAGUAGGGAAUAUGAAGGUGAAAGAAGCACAUGAAGCGUAUUCUUCCAAGAAGAAAGAUAUGAUGUCUGUUGAGAAAGGGGAAAAGUUGUCACUGAACAAGAAUAUAACUACCAGGAAAAUAUGUGACAGAGAAUUUGAAAAUGAAGUGAAGGUGCUUGACAGAAAAGAAAGUUCUGUAAAUUGUGAAAGACUGAAUAUGUUUGGUGGUUUUCUUACAGCUGGUGGUAAAAAGGUGGGUGUUUCAGAAGAAAGUUUGCUGAGAGUCAAGAAUCUGUUUUCUGAUAUAACGGACAAUAUUGAAGAAACUACGUUGACUUUAAUGAAUGUGAAGGAAAAAGAAGCUACUGAGAUAUGCUGUGUCAAGGAGAAACAUGUAAUAUCCCCUGAGAAAGUGAAAAACUCAUCAUUGGAGAAGAAUACAGGACCUAGGAAAAUAUCUGAUGCAGAAUUUGAAAAUGAAGUGAAUCUGCUUGACACAGAAGAGAGUUCUACCAAUUGCAAAAGACUAAAUAUAUGUAGUGGUUUUGUUACAGCUGGUGGUAAAAAGGUGAGUGUUUCAGAAGAAAGUUUGGUGAGAGUCAAGAAUCUGUUUUCUGAUAUAACAGAGAAUGUUCAAGAAACUGCAUUGACAUUAAUGAAUAUGAAGGGAAAAGAAGCAACUGAGAAAUACAGUGUCAAGAAGAAAGAUGCAGUAUGCUUUGAGAAAGUGAAAAACUCAUCACCAGACAAGGGUACUGGAACUAGGAAAAAAUUUGAAACAGAAUUUGAAAAUGAAGUGAAUCUACGUAACAAGGAAGAGAAUUCUGUCAACUGCAAAAGACUAAAUACAUGUAGUGGUUUUGUUACAGCUGGUGGUAAAAAGGUGGAGAUUUCGGAAGAAAGUCUGGUAAGAGUCAGAAAUCUGUUUUCUGAGUUCACAGAUAAUGCCUUAGAGAAUACACUGACUGUAGAGCAUGUGAAAGGAAAAGAAACAACUGGAAAUCAGUCUCUUAAGAAAAAAGAUGUAUUAUCACAUGAGAUAGUGAAAAAACGACUAUCAGACAGAACUACUGGAAGCAAGAAAAUAUCUGAUUCAGAAUCUGAAAAUGAAGUAAGGCUGUUCGAUAAGAAACAAAAUGUUAUAGGUAAUGAAAGGAUGAAAAUAUAUGGUGGUUUUGUCACAGGUUGUGGUAAAAAAGUGGAGGUCUCUGAAGAGAGUUUGAUGAAAGUAAGAACUCUUUUUGCCGACGUAACAGAUAAUGAGGAAAAUUCAUCUUUGGUUUCAAGGGAUGUAGACAGUUCCCCAUCAUGUAUGAAAAAAGCCUGUAUUACAAACUCUGAUUGUCUCCAGAAUGAAUUUGUAGGUAUGGAAACUCAUCUUCAGACAGCAUAUCGGAAGCCUAUUGCUACUAGCUCCAAAGAAACAGUAAUGUCAGUUUUAGAUAGAAAAAACUAUGUUUCUGGCACUUCAAACAAGCCACAUGGUAAUGCUCUUGCAGAAAAUAUGUUGCAGCACAAUGUGAAGAUUAAUGUAGCUACUAAACUGAGAAUCCAAAAGCAUGAAACCACUUUGACACAGGAAGUUUCAGAAAGUACAGCAGCCCUUCUUUUAGAUGAUGAUUUUAAGAAAGAAUUAGAAGAAUCAGAUUCCUCAUGUUUCUCUGUGUUAACAGAAAGCAGCUGCUCUCCAGAUUUGUCUGUUACUAUGGGAAGUACCACCAGUACGGACAGAGAACCAGGAAGUCCAGUUAUUGGCUCAAGGAACAAAUGCAACCGAUCAAAUAAAGUGCUUGUACGCAAGAACACUUCAGCAAAGAGAGCUGAAAGUGUCACAGCAUCAGUGAAGAAGGUAUGUGACCAAUCACAAUCUGAAGAUAAGAAGAAUAAUAUACCACCAUUCAUACCGGAGAUAAAUGGGAGACAGAAGAGAUGCAGCUCUGUUAAAGAUAACAAGAUGCACAAAAAGCACUGCAAGUCUAAUACAAAUCUGAAUGAAAGUGCUGGUCUUGAAAAUGACAGAGAAUCACCCGCUGCGAAGAUCAAAGCGUCUAUCGUCCCAUCACCAGGCAGUUGGUUGCAGCUAAGAAUGACAAGCCAGAAACGGUGUGUUAAGUGGAGAGACUUUUCUGGUGGCAAUGCUCCGUCCCAAUUUACAGAAUCAGAACUUCUUCAGUUUGGAGUGAAGAAAUCUGUAAUAAAUGUGACAUCCAAAACUGCUGAAUUUUUUAAAUUUUCUGCUCGUGAUUUUUACAGGGAAGAAGACUGUCAAGCUCUUCAAGCUGCGGAUGAUACAUCUUUGGAAUUUGAUUUGGAUGGGUUUGCUGGUGUGCAAGAAGUGGAACGAGCUUUUGUAACUAGUCCUAAUGUGGACAAAUCUCUAAUACCUGCUGGAUGGAUUCAGAACCAUUAUCGCUGGAUUGUCUGGAAAUUGGCUGCAACAGAGAGGAGCUUUCCCCAUAUUUUUGCUUCAAGAUAUCUGACUCCUCGUGUGCUGCUUCUGCAACUGAAGUAUCGUUAUGACCGUGAAAUCGAUAGGUGUCAGCGAUCUGCUUUAAGGAGAAUCAUGGAGCACGAUGAUGCGCCAGGCAAGCGUAUGGUACUUUGUGUUGCAGAUGUAAUCAAGCAUGAAGAAGCACAGGAAGAAAAUGGAAAAGAAGGAAAUAGACAGUGCUUGAAAAUGUGCAACUAUGAAUUGGAACUGACUGAUGGUUGGUACAGCAUUGGGUGCACUGUUGAUAUGGAAAUGUGUCACUUAAUAGAAGCAGGCCAUGUUGCAGUUGGUACUAAGCUAGUAACCCACAGUGCAGAGCUGGUCAACUGUGAACAGCCUUGUUCACCAUUGGAGGCAGGACCCAAUGUUAGAUUAAAAAUCCAUACAAAUUCAACAAGAAGAGCACGUUGGGAUUGCAGACUUGGGUUCUGUAGACAGCCUGGUCCUUUGCCUGUCUCUCUCAGUUCACUGAAACCUGCUGGUGGUGUCAUCAGUUGUGUUACUGCUGUAAUUGCUCGAGUCUAUCCUGUUGUAUAUAUGGAAAAGGGCCCUGAUGGAAAGGCAGAAUUUUGUUCAGCAAAACAAGAGGCACUUCGUGCUUCAAAACGAGAGCGACAGUGGCAAGAGCAUAUAGAAAAACUAUACAGCCAGGAACGUGCACAAUUGAGUCAGAUAGAAUGGUUCAGUGCCUGCAGCCAACAGAGUAAAAGCAAAGGGAAGAAUAAACAACAUGUAACAACUCCUACGCGACAACAGUUAGCUGCUGCUACAAGUGCUGAAGACCUUUGCCAGUUACUUUUCAACGCACCUGAUCCAGCGUCACUUCAGUCUUUGCUGACUGAGGAGCAGCAAAAUGCUGUUGCUAACUAUCAGCAGAUGCGCCAACAGCAGUUGUUACAAGAACUGGAGUCAAGAGUUCGCAAGAGAAUAGAAGAAGAAAGAAGUGUGACUUCAUCAUUAGCGUUACUGAAGGUUCGCUGUCUGGAUGCUAAAGACUGUUCUGCUAGGUCAGCAGUUCUUUCCAUUUGGCGCCCUUCAGAAGAUCUCUUAACACUGUUCCAGGAGGGAAGUGCAUUGAAGAUAUUUAGCAUCACUGCCAAUGGAUUAAGGAAUGGAGACUUGCAACUUUCUGCGUGCCGCCAGUCUCGUUAUCAGCCUCAACCUAGUCACCUUCCAGAACAUUUCCCAGCCAGAUAUGCAACACCAUUGUCUCAGGUGUCAAGUGGCAACCUUCAUGCGCCCUUUGGGGAAAUGGACUGUGUUGGAGUUGUUGUACAUGUCGCUCCUCUCUCUGGAAAUUACCAGACUGUCUACCUAGCUGAUGCAGACAUGGAUAUUGUGGGCAUUUCUUUCUGGAAUGGUCUUAAGGGUUCAGGUUGGGAGGAUAUACUUCAGCAGAAGGCUUUAGUGGCUUGUAGUAAUUUACAAAGUCGUGUGGGUGCUGCUGUUCACUGGAUACCCACAACAUAUGCCACAGAAUUUUCAAUUUUCUCGCAACAUCCUCGCCAAAAGCACCUCGUUGAAGCUCUUGACUCACUGAGAAGGAAUCUUAAUAUGGAUAUUGACAAUUUUUCAUAUACUUGUGAGGGAAUUGUUUUGUCAUUCCUAAAUGAGAAUUUUGUGACUCCAGUGAGAAAUGCAUCUCUUAAUGUGAGACAAACAAAUCCUUCAACAGCAGAAUUAUCACGGCUUAGUAAACCAGCUGUUACACCAGAACUGAGUGAAAAAGUUCAGCGUAAGCUGUUCAAGCUGGAACAGUAUGGCGAACCUCCCAGUCUCUCACCAUUGGCUCUGACCCCACGAAGUCGUGUGCUCAAAAAGAAUUUCCAUGUGCCUCUGAAGACUGAUCAGACAGCAGAGUUAUCUUGUGAUGAUAGUCCUCCAAUGAGCCUUGACUCCGAUGAUACUUAAGUAGUCUUUGAUUAAAAGAAUUAUGUGAUAGUGUGUUUUUUUGUAUAAGGCAGUGUUCAGUGCCAUUGCAAAAGUUCAUUUAUUUUUCAGGGACCUCAUGUUGAAAAGAACAUAAUUUUUGUUAUAGUAGAAGAUAAGAUACUGUUUUAAAGAAACAAAAUGUAAUCUUUUAUUACAGUCAUAUAACAAGCAAGUAAAUUCUUUUUCAUGCUGCUGAAAUAGUGCUACCAUAAAAUUAUGUAUAUUUCUAUAUUUCUUGGUAUCCAAGAAGAUGAGUAUGGCAGAUUGAUAUAUUAUUGUUUUAUGUAUAGUGUUAGAAGUUUAUUUUAAUAGCAUCAUUGAUGCACAGAAAAGUACAAAAAUGUAUGUACCAUUAUUUGAGAAUCACAUAGAACUGAAGAUGACUUCUUUAUGAGGGACCAUGUUGGACAAAGCUCUUCAAGCAGCUAGACAUUUUUUUCUGUUCCCUUAUCAUAUAAAAGUCUGUAGCUUUUUAAAGUUCAUGGUGUGUUAACAUCUGUGCGAGCUGCUGAAGUUUCAACCCAACUCUACUUAACUGUUCAAGUAAACAAACACAUUUUUGUAUGAAGGAUUUGUUAGACGCUGCUUACGGAAACACAAUGUUCCUGAUAUCAUUAUUUUUUUUCUGUAGUUGUGGAUGGUGCUUCUAAUUAAGUUUUAUUGUCCUUUAUUAUAAUCAGGAAUGUAAAAAAUCUUUGUUGUAGCUGUGAAACACUAAUCCAGAGAUACUAUUGUGCUGUAUUGAAUAACAUUUGUGUGAUUUUUGAAACCAGAAAACUUUUAAGUAAAGUUGAAACUGAUAGGUUUAUUGUAACUUUUAAUUAUCUGUGAUAUCUUUGAUAGUAGUGUUUUGUCUGUGUAUGUGCAGCUGCACUGAUUGUGAU